GCAAUUGCAGUCACAUUUCCAUUGGCCAACAAAAACGAUACAAAACUGCAGGUCAGCAGCACAACACCACAACAUCACAUAAUUCUACAAUAUAGAUCUUCGAUCAUGUCGACAAAAACAUCGAUCGAUACGUUGGAAUCGCUCCGCGAAGUCCAACCGCAGAGACGGUCUCUCAAACGGCAGCGAACGAGAUCGGCAGCUACCACAAUGACAAUGACCACAACCGCAUUUCUGGCGCUCUCCGCCUGGAAUGCCUCGCCCGUUUUCUCCUUUGGAAGCCUCGCCUCCUCCACCAGGAAGGGAAUGGUAACACCAACAUCGGUGCGCUUUACAGUGGACGAAUACCACGCCUCGCACAGCACGCUGACCGCGGACGGCUUGCUGAGCAACACGCCCUCCCUCUUCCGGAGCCCUCAGCACCUGCACAAGCUCGAAGAAGAUUACAGCAGCGGUGGAACCGCAUCGGUGUCCGUAUCGAGUGUGUACGGCGAAGACGAAACGAGGGACGAAGACCACGAGCCGCGGCGGAGGCUGCCUGCCUGGCUGCGCGAGGACAAAGGCCGAAGGGUACAGGAAAACAUCGAGAAGCUCCGAUCGGCCAUGCUUUCCUCGUCUUCUUUCUUCACCGAAUCAGAGGCCAUGAAGGUAACCUAUGCCAUUCGAGAAGCCGCCCAGAACGACGCUCACAAGAUGGCCGGGGCUGCCGAAUUUUGCCUCAUCAUGGUGGAAACCAUGGAAAUGGGCCUGGACGCCCUGGUGGCCGCCGCCUUUCACUUCUGCGAGUGCAUCGACGCGAGGGAGCGAUCGGUCCGGUGGCCGAGAAGGGACUGCGGACAUCCCAACACUAACCAGAGCGUGGACUCGCUCUCCCAUUGGGAGUUCCGGUUGCCCCCCAUCCAGAUCGACUCGUUCGGGGAUCACGCCGCAAAGAUCGAGCGCGACGCGGCCCGCCUCAAAAGGCUGGAAGUCGUGGCCUCGAUGGUGGUCCACAGCACCAGCCACACGAACAAUAAGGGAGGCGGAAGCGUCGCCAAGAAGGCCGCGGACAACCUGCGCAGCCUCUACACCACGGAGGCGAAAGACUGGCGCGCCCUGGCGAUCAGGGGAGCCGCAUGCCUCUACCGGUUGCGCGGCAUCCUCUCCGAGCGUCAGGCAACGGAGCGAGAGCUCGGGCGGAAGGUACCGCUCUCGAGGGACGCCAACCGCGUCUGCCGAGAGGCUUUUCGUAUCUACGCGCCUCUGGCCAGCCGGAUGGGGAUGCACCGCCUGAAAAACGAGCUCGAGCACGCCGCCUUUCAGCUCUUGUACCGGAGGCAGCACCGGACCUACGAAUCGCUGCUCCAGCAGACGCGGUCCUCCCACAGUGCCCGCUCGGCCUCGCGCCUCGGGGGCUCGCUCUUUUUCUUCCCCCAGAACCCCUCCGAGCCCAACAUUGGGGAGAGCAUGAAACAGGUGCUCGCUCACGUCCAGGCUUCCAUGACGAAGGUCCUGGAGGGAGACGCGGUCUUUAUGGCGAGCGUGGAAGACUUUCGGGUUACGGCACGGGUCAAGGAGAGCUACUCUACCUGGAAAAAGAUGCUUCGUGACGGAUUCGACCACAUCACGCAGGUUCCCGAUGCGCUGGCCCUGAGGAUCGUUCUCGAUGCCAAGAAGGCCCACCCCUCCGAAUCGGACGCCGUUACGAGAGCCCGGGAACGCGCGCUGUGCUACUAUGCCCAAGAGCUUUGCAAGACCGUCUGGAGGCCCUGCGAAAAGGACCCCCGCUUCAAGGACUACGUCGCCAACCCCAAGGAAAACGGAUACCAGAGCCUCCACUACACUGCCGAAACCAGGUGGAACGAUGAGGACUGGCGAAUGGAACUCCAGAUCAGGACGGGAGAGAUGCACAAGGUAGCCGAAUUCGGCGUAGCCUCUCACUGGAACUACAAGGCCCAGGCGAAACCCGGGCAGCGCAACAAGGAGGCGGCGUCCUCGAACCAGGACGGCAGCGAUGCCAAGUCCGCCACCUACGGAACGGUUCUCGUCGAGGAAUCCAGCAACGACUCGAGCAGCCAGCAUCUGUUUGGAAAGGUCACGAUUGCCAACAACGACCGGAGCUCGGACGCCUACCUGCGUUCCCUCCAGGAAUGGCACUGGGAGAAACAGAACGGGUCGUCCCCGAUCCGCCAGACCCCGCUGGUCCUGUGGGACAACGAGGCGGAAUCCCUGGAGCGGGCCGAGCGCAUCCGCGCCCGGACCCAGCGGCUGGCCCCCUACCUCGAGGCCCUGGCCAACGAGCAGGACGACCUGCAGCGCAAGAGCGUCUUUGUUUUUGUGGCACCGCUGGACGGCGGAUCGGGCUCCCUUUCCAGCGACGACCACGAGGGCAGCGGCGACGGUCUCGCCCUGCCCACCGAGGGAACCGUGGUGGCGCUCCCGGCUGGAGCCAGCAUCCUCGAUGCCAUUCGCAGGUGCGAGAUUCCCAUCGAGGGCACCGGCAACAGCGGCACCAACAGCGUCAUUCGCAACGGCAUUCCCGCAAGCCUCAACGCGCAGCUCCAGAACGGCGACGUCCUGAGCAUCCCUUCCGUUCCAUCGGCCUGCGCGAUGCCCUAAGUGACUAAAGCAAAAACAACGCAUUGCAUCGCAUUUCAUAGGAGCAGAACGAGAGAAAAGAUACCUGCGCCAAUUUUGGGUGUGUGUCCAAUAGAUACACCGACACCCCACUACCGUUAAUAGACUUAAAAUAAUUAU